UUUAAUAGUGUUCCAUUAUGCAUAUUGUAAUGUAACAUAACUGCUGGGUGUUCUGUUCUAAAUGUUUGUAUGUAUCUGUGUUUAUUUAUUAUAGAUUGGGUGUGAGUUAUGCCGUAAAUGAGAAUAACGGUAGCUUCAUCAGCACUCUGAAUAUGGCACUUUACAGCGAUGAAAGCUACACCAAUCCCCUAGUUGUUCCAACUUCGGGGAUAACCCUGAAGACCAGGAUUUUUGUGAUGGUUAGGGCGACAAAUUUAACAGAAAGGUUUAAUGUGCUACUCGACCGAUGUUUUGCAACUACCACUGACUCGCCCACAAACAACACCUUUUAUGAUCUUUUCGUAGGAUGUAUCAAGGAUGGACAAACAGUGGUGGGCUCGAACGGGUUUGAGCAGACAGCAUUAUUCUCCUUCGAGGCAUUCAGAUUUGUGGAACACAAUAAUGAUACUGUCUCCAGGUUCUUCCUCCACUGUGUCACCCGGCUUUGUGAGGUGGAAAACUGCCCCAAUUUAAUGCCUAACUGUGACGAAGAACCAAGGAGUGAUACCAGGUCAGGGGGAGAUACCACCGACGACCCGCCACAGGAUUCCGUUGACGAACUGCCGCCAGCGGUAGUCAGCUCUCCCGUUAUUCUGGUGUCGCAGUUUACCAAGUCCUCAGCUCCUCGGGCGCAGAUCAAUGCAAUGAGAAGCACCGCGAUUGGAUUAGGGAUUGCUUUUAGUGUCCUCACUCUUCUCGCGGUGUCCGUCUUCCUGAUCCUCAGGAGAAGGAAGAAUAAGAAAUAGACGCUUUCGUCUGUUUCAACCGUUCCCCUUUCUGUACUCUUUCUGUAUCGCUCUCAUAUAACUGAUGUAUCUUUCCAUCCCUAAUAUCAUACAGCUAGGAAAACAGUGACCACAGAGAGAAAAGGAGAUUUAUAUGAUUUUAUUAAAUAUUUUGUUGUUGUACUAUACAGAUGUAGGCCGUUUUGGAGGCAUACCGGAAAACAAUCAUUAACAUACAAAUAUAGUACAUAAAUCCGAUGUAUAGUGUGAGAAAAAUGGUCUAUAUUUUUUAUUAUUGAGGUUUUAAAAUGCAUUGAUGGGGAUUCAA